AUGGGUGAUUUCAAUUGUGUGAGAUAUCCUAAUGAAACGAUAGGUGCUGUUGUUAGGGCUCAGGAGACGAUGCCUAUGAAUAACUGGUGUGCUAGUUGUGGCUUAGAUGACUUGAAAAGCUCAGGGUGUUUUUUCACUUGGAAUAAUAAACAGCAGGGGUAUAAUAUAGUGUUCUCUAAAAUUGAUAGAGCACUUAGUAACAUGGCUUGGCAGGAGGUAUUUCCAACAGCAAAAGUGAGCUUCAUGCCUGAAGGUGACUUUGACCAUUCACCUGCCUUGUUGACUGUUUAUCCUAGAGGUGAUAGUGGUAAAAAACCUUUUAAGUAUUACACUAUGUGGAGGCUUUCUCCUCAAUAUGAUAGCACAAUCAGGGAUCAGUGGAAUAAAAGAGUUGAAGGUACAAAGAUGUUUGUUGUAGUGCAGAAGUUGAAGCUGGUCAAAGCUGCUCUAAAAAACCUUAAUAAGGUAGGGUUUCAUGAUGUUCAGGUAGAUGAUAGUAUAUCCUAUCAUGCAAUGAUAGAUGCACAGGUGGAAAUGCACAAGCACCCAGGGCAGAUUGCAUAUUUAGAGGCUGAGCAGAUUGCUACUAGGCAAUAUCAAGUCAAGCAUCAAAUUUACAUAGAAUACCUUAAACAAAAGGCAAAGCUUGAAUGGAUUAAGCAUGGUGAUGAAAACACUGCUAUUUUUCAUCAGAGUAUUAGAGCUAGAAGGGUUCAGAUGCAGCUCUAUGCUAUUACUGAUGCUCAUGGUGUGUGGAAGGAUAAUGCAAAAGGGGUGGAAGAGGCUUUCAUUGACUAUUAUCAGAAGCUGCUGGGUAAUAAUCAUGUUAAUAGGAGACAUGUGUUACAGCAAAUUGUUCAGAUUGGUCCUCUAAUCAAUGAAGAGCAUAGAAGAGUUAUGAAUGCUCCCUAUACAACAGAGGAAGUGAAGGCUGCUAUGUUCUCUAUCCCUGGCAAUAAAGCACCUGGGUCAGAUGGAUUUGGGGCCCAUAUUUACAGAGAUAACUGGGAGUUAGUAGGUAAUGAAGUAACUGCUGCAAUAUUGGAUUUUUUCACACAUAAGAAGCUUCUCAAGGAGCUGAACUCUACAGUGAUUACUCUCAUCCUAGAAUUGAGAGGGGUGCUUCCAGACAUCAUUGCUGAGAAUCAGGGAGGUUUUGUUCAUGGAAGAUAUAUUGUGCAUAAUAUUAUGGUUGUGAAAGACAUGGUUAAACACUAUGGUAGGAAAUCAGCUAAACCUAGUUGUUUAAUUAAACUUGACCUUCAGAAAGCUUAUGAUACUGUUGAUUGGAUGUUUUUACAUGAGAUGUCAUCCACUUAG